AACAGGAUUCUCUGUUGGAGGAGAAGCAGCAGCCUCACUGACAACACUGCCUGGUGGAAAAAGCAGAGGCUGUUCACUGGGCUUUCAGCACCGCGGACAGCUCCGGGCGCGAUGUCAGCAUCCAUUAACAAAAGUGUCACGCUGCGCCUAAAGGAACGUCUGCACACCCGGCGACAACAGUUCACACCGUCACUUCUUGUUCUCUGUGCUGCUACCCGCUUCUCAAAAUCACACCAUCAUUGAGACGGGGGGUGUUGAGCUCACCGCUUCCUCUCAACCAGCACCUCCUUCCUCACACAGCCGUGCGGGGGGGCAGAUGUAGAGAUGUAAGAGCAACUCUCUCGGUUCCGUGAUGAGCGUGUCCGCAACUCUCCUCCCCUCCACGCCAAUCCGGGCCAGGGGCUGAUGUGCGUUGGCUUAUCUUGUCAGACGCUCGAGCUCAAGACCUCGCAGAUAAUUAAUCGUGACGGAUCAGUCCGUCCCCCCUCCCUACAGCCUCCUCACCCGCUCCCACCCGUUUAAGAUUCCGCAGUUGACAAGACGGCGCUCUGCUCACCGCCGCAUCCUGCCCGCUCCUGACUUUUGUUUUAUCUUUUCGCGGAAAACCUGGAUAUUGGAGGCUUUCUUUUAAACAAGUUCCUGGAUCACACGAGGAGCUUACAAUGACCGCCACCAAGGAGCAGCCGAACCAAAGGCAGAAUCAGCCGGAUGAGGAUCUAGGUGGUGGGAGUCCUCCUCAAAGGAACUGGAAAGGGAUCGCCAUCGCUCUGCUGGUCAUCUUGGUGGUCUGCUCUCUAAUCACCAUGUCGGUCAUCCUCCUCACUCCAGCUGACAGCCAAGCUGGAAGCAGCACCAAACUGUCCGUGGAGGAUCUAUUCAAACCUGAGUUCACGGUCCAUGACCCGGAGGCCAAAUGGAUCAAUGACUCUAAAGUCAUCUACAGAAACAGUGACGGCCAUGUCAUCAAGUUCGAUAUCCUUAAAAACGAAACAGAGAUUGUCCUGACAAACACAACAUUUAUAAAUUUCAACGUGGCCAAAUAUUCUGUGUCACCUGAUCUCAAAUAUGUGCUCUUCGCUUAUGAUGUUAAACAGGUUUACCGCCACUCCUACAUGGCCUCCUACAGUAUCUACAAUAUUCACACACGCGAGGUUUGGGAGCUGGACCCUCCUGAGGUGGUGAACUCGGUCCUGCAGUACGCCGCCUGGGGAGUGCAAGGCCAACAACUGAUCUACAUCUUUGAAAAUAACAUCUACUACCAAUCAGAUGUCAAGAGCAACUCCCUUCGGCUAACGUCGUCAGGGAUGGAAAGCAUCGUCUUCAAUGGGAUCGCUGACUGGCUCUAUGAAGAGGAGAUUCUUCGGACCCACGUGGCACACUGGUGGUCUCCUGACGGAGAGAGGUUGGCCUUCCUGGUCCUUAAUGACAGCCUGGUGCCCAACAUGGCUUUGCCUCGCUUCACUGGCAUGACAUACCCAAAAGGAAAGCAAUACCCAUACCCCAAGGCUGGCCAACCCAACCCGGCGGUAAAGCUCUACGUUGUCAACUUGUACGGGCCGACGCACACGCUGGAGCUUAUGCCCCCAGAGACGCUCAAGCUACGGGAACAUUAUGUGACCAUGGUGAAGUGGAUCAGCAAGACCAAGACAUCAGUCAGGUGGCUGAAUCGGGCCCAGAACAUUUCCAUCCUGACUGUGUGUGACACCACCACCGGAGCCUGCGUCACGAGACAUGAAGAAAGCUCUGAGCUCUGGCUUUCCAAGCAGAACCAAGAACCGGUCUUCUCCAAAGAUGGGAGCCAGUUCUUCCUAACUGUGCCGGUCAAACAAGGAGGACGUGGGGAGUUCCAUCACAUCGCCAUGUUUACCACACAGUUCAGAGCAGAUCAAAAUGAAGUUCGACAUCUAACAUCAGGGAACUGGGAGGUGACCAAGAUAAUUGCCUAUGAUGAGAACACUGACAACCUAUACUUUCUCAGCACAGAGGGUUCUCCGCGAAGACGGCAACUUUUCAGUGUUAAAACGGUGGGGCUGUUCCCACGGCGAUGUCUGACAUGCGAGCUGAACAAAGCUCACUGUCUGUACUUUGAUGCCGACAUCAGCCCCGCAAACCAGCACAUUAUCCUCCGCUGCAAAGGUCCUGGAGCACCCACUGUCAUCCUACACAGCCUCAAUAAUUCAAAUUACUACAUCCUCGAGAACAACUCUUUGCUAAAGGCUGCUUUGAUGCUCAAAAGGAUCCAGCUGACUGACUUCAGAACUGUUCAAAUGGAGCAUUUUGAUUUACCUUUGAAGAUCUCUUAUCCACCGGAUUUCACUGAGUCCCGUCACUAUGGGCUUCUGUUGCUGAUUGACAGCGCCCCCGGUGGUCAGGCUGUGACCGACCGCUUCUAUCUCGACUGGGACUCGGUGCUGGUCAGCUCAGACAACGUCAUCGUAGCUCGUCUGGACGGCCGAGGCAGCGGCUCCCAGGGUCAGAGGAUUCUGCACGAGGUUCACCAGAGAAUAGGAACUGUGGAUGUUCAGGACCAGGUUGCAGCUGUAGAAUUCAUGAAGAGUUUUCCAUAUAUUGAUCGGACACGGAUAGCAGUGUUUGGAAAGGGUUAUGGAGCCUACAUAACAUUAAUGAUGCUCAGGUCUACUGACAACCUUUUCAAAUGUGCGUGUGCAAUGUCGCCUGUGACUGACUGGAAACUCUAUGCAUCAGCUUUCUCUGAGAGGUACCUUGGCUUGCCAUUACGGGAUGACAGCCGAUAUCAGUUUUCCAGUGUGCUACAGAACGUUCAAGCGCUGCGGGAACAGAAAUUGAUGCUAGUGCACGGCACAGCAGAUGCCAACGUCCACUUUCAGCAUACUGCUGAACUUGUCAAGAACCUUGUGAAAGUUGGAGCAAACUACUCAAUGCAGAUCUACCCAGAUGAGGGCCACUUCUUAUCUCAGCCGAGUCGCCAACACCUCUACGGCACGUUGACCAGCUUCUACAGGGACUGUCUGAAGGAAGAACUUCUACCGCUGCCUGACGAGGAAGAGGAUGAGGAGGAGUAGGCUGGAAGCUUUUAGGCUCAGACCUUUGGCAGGGCUUGAAAAAAUUUGGCUAAAUAUCUUUCAAGGCCUUUCACGUUUGGACAAAGUAUUUAGCUGGACAUGGAAACUGUGUGUGUGUGUGUGUGUGUGUGUGUGCGUGUGUGCGUAUGGGUGACAGAGCACUCCGGUGUGAAAAUGUGUAGAAAUGUGUUGAAAAGACAUUUAAAGGACACAAACAGUGACACAAAGUCAUUUGAGUUUUGGGACGCUCCGUUUCUUGGUAAAGUGCACCGAAGACCUCUCCCAUCUCCUACAGGCUCUCUGGGCUGCAGCCAUCCACAAGUGCAUGCAUUUUUUUCUCUUUGCGCCUUCACGCAUUUUCGCCAUGUUAGUCCCACUUACGGUAGCACUCGAGAAGAAACAAAAACACAGAUGAACACUUUUGAUCCCACCUAUCCUUGGGUUGGAAAUGCUAGAGUCUAUUUCUGAAUAAGUGCUAUUUACGGCUGACACACUCCUGAGCAACAAUCUUUAUAGGUCACACUUUAUUGUACAGGGGUCUGGUGUAGCCAUGUAUAAUGCCUUAUGAGGAUCAACAUACUGUAAUCUUAGUUGCUGGCAGUGGUAGUCAUCCAUUAGCAGUGUAAUGUUAACCUAUGUCAACUCAGGCCAUCGAGACACAGCAUUGCAGUCACUUAAGUAUCAAUUACAUCACUAUAUAAGCUGUAUGAUGAUAAUAAGUUAUUGUUUGAAAUGAGGAUAAUGAAUAUUGGCCAUACCGUAAUUUCAGCUUCAGGCCACACAACAUUGAAUACAUUUGUUUCUUUGUAUCUCUCAGAGAUGAAGUCAAGAGACGUUUUCCUUAUCUCUGGAUAUUCUCUUUUUCAAGAAGAUAAUAAUUAACUGCAGUGGUUAUUAAUGACAAUGGGUGUACUAAGACAGAAAGUUUUACAGUGUCAGUAAGGUGUUUGCAUGUCUACGGGGAACGUGUCAAGUGUUGUCACAUUUUGUACAGUACCAAUACAGCAGAGUGUGUACAUAAAUAUAUUUUUGAGAUUUCAGAUCUCAUAGAUUGUUUAGUCUAUGGGGAUGGAUUCAUUUGACCUGGAUAUCUUGUUCCUUUUUUUCAGCUGUUGAUUCUUCUUCUUAAGAUGGAUUUUGUAACGCUUUUUCUUGUUCUUUUUGCUGUUUUAAAAAGGCAAAGGGCAGGGUUUGAGCUUUCGGGGUUAUUGUUAUUGUCCUCUAGUGAUGAUUAUAAAUAAAAAAAGACUAUGAAACACAA